CGAAGCCACGAGCCCUGGGCCCACCGGGCAGCAUACAGGCUUGUGAACCGGUGACUCGAUGGCCGGGCCGGGAUACUGCCAUGGAAGCUUCCGUCUCUUCAUCUUCGUUUGUGCUUUCCACAACGAUUCCCAAAACCCCGAGCAGAGUGUAUUGUCGCGAAUCAAAAGCAACGGUUCAUUUUCCUCUAAGGAGCAGUUGCAAAAACACAUCGGUUCAGAAUGGAAGAACAGCCAGAAGGACCAGGAUCAGAGCCGCUAUCAACGAUGUACAAACUUUGAUUGACCCAGCUCCAGUGCAAGUCACGUGGCAAAUUGUGGUCGGAACUAUAGCUGGAGUUACGCCUUUUGUGGUGGCAGGAGUUGAAUUUAGCAAAAGAAUUAUAGCUCAGAAAAGAUGUGAGGAGUGUGGAGGUUCAGGGUUGGUUCUCAGGGAAAAGGAGUAUUUCCGUUGCCCAGAAUGUGGUGGAUUUCUUCCUUGGCAGUCUUGGAAAAGGUUCUUUUCCGGUUGAAUGUCUGAAGCACGGCGGUGCAACAUAUUGUUAUGUUUAUACAACAAUGAGGACUUCAUUAUAGGCAUACCAUAACUGAAUAGUUUUCCUAUUUGUGAUUGUCAAAUACAAAUUUUAUUGGGAACUUCAUUGCUUAAUCUUGGGGAAACUGGUGUUUUCUGCUUUAUGUAAAUGCCUUUGGACAAGUUUACUUCAGAAAAAGUUACCCUCAGUGUGAAGACCCCUGUGAAAGCAUUCUUGAAACUGGUUUAGCUUCUUAGUCAUUUGUUCAAAAUAACAUUUGUUUUGAGUGAUCUUUUCAUAACUCUCUCUCUCUCUCUCUCGGUUUUCUCUCUUUACUCAGAUUAAGCUGAUGCAGAAAAAACAGUUGGUUGAGAACUUCUGAUCUAUAAUCUGAUUUGAUGUCAA